GAGCCAAUGAGGUGGCACCCAGGUCUGCUUCCCAGAGCUGGGGCAGACCCUGGACACUGUCUUCUCAGUGCCAGGUGGAGGCUGAGGGCUUGGGCCACCGUCUGUCAGCUCCGUGGUAGAGCAGUGUGUUGCUGUGCUUUUCAGAUGAAGAUACACAAGCUCCGAGAUGUUAAGUGACGUGCUCAGGGUCGCACAGCAAGAAGGAAAAGGAACCAGUGUUCUGAUCAGGGCUGCAGGGAAGUCACACAGGCAGAUUUGGCAACCCCUGGAGGGCAAAGUGGUAGACACAGAAGUGGCAACAUGACUCCUCAUCACAUCCGCACAUAUCGGGAGAGCGACCGAAAACCAGUCCUGGACUUGUUCUGCAGGGGCAUGACUGAGCAUGUCCCUGCCACCUUCCGCCACAUGCUGAUGCUGCCUGGAACCCUCCUGAUUGAGCUCGGGGUGCCCCUCUCCCUGCUCCUGUUCUCUGGCUCCUGGCUCCUGGCGAUCACGUCCAGCCUCACUCUGCUGCUCUUGUUGUGGUUCCUCGCCAGAUACAACUGGAAGCUGUAUGUGGCCACAUGUUUGCGCACAGACAUGGCUGACAUCACCAAAUCCUACCUGAGUGCGUGCGGCUCCUGCUUCUGGGUGGCCGAGUGUGGGGGGCAGGUGGUGGGCACUGUGUGUGCUCUGCCGGUGAAGAAUCCCCCACUGGGGAAGAAGCAGUUGAAGCUGUUUCACCUCUCAGUGGCUAAGGAGCACCGAGGAGAGGGGAUAGCGAAAAACCUGGUCAGGACUGUCCUCCAGUUUGCCCGGGACCAGGGCUAUGUUGAAAUCGUGCUUGAGACAAGUAUAAUACAGCGCAGUGCCCUGGCCGUAUACCAGGGCAUGGGCUUCCGGAAGACGGGCCAUUAUUUUAUGAAUAUUAUCUGGAGGCUGGCAGGUAUUCCUAUAUUUCAUUUAUUGUACCAACUCCCUUCUGCUCGGGAUGGGGGCCUGUGAUCUCUUUCUUUCGUAUUAAGAAAAACCUGAUUGACUGUGCUGUAAUCACAAAGUACGACAUUUCUGUCUUACAAACCAUAAACUCUGAUUGUCUGA